GAGUGGAAAAAUUGUUCUCGAAGAGAAUUAAACGACUGUACCACUUCAGUAAAAGCGGAUAUCAAUGUUAUGCGCCAAAAAAUCUAUCAACUUGAAAAGAUUGCUAACAAAAUAGAAUCUCGAGAAGAUCACCAAGAAUUAUUAUCGCAGAUCAAAGAGCAUCAUGAUGAAGUGGAACGUAAUCGCGAAUUGCUUCGGCAAAUCGUUGCAUCCUUGAUGAAAAAUAUAGGUUAUCAGUCACGAAAUGAAUUAUUUUAUGGAAAUGAAAAUGCUAAAGCAAGCGAAUUGCGCACUCGCACGAAACAAGUUGAUAAUAUGAAAAAGGAAUCUGCAAAAGUAACGGAAAAUCUUUCUGCCCUUGUUGCACGAAUGAGUGAUCAGUUAGCGUUAUCGGAAACAACUACAUCAACUUUAAUUCAUUCAUCUGCACUUCUUAAAGGGACUGAAGUUGAAUUUUCAUCAAUGGCUGCUCAUAUUCAAAGUGGAGGAAAAUUGAUAUCGAAAUAUGGCAGAAAAGAAUGCACCGAUAAAUUUUUGGUGGCCUUGGCUUUAUUUCUUUAUUUCGUUGUCAUUUUCUAUAUUCUUCAUAAAAGGAAUUUCUGUAUAUUUACGAUGAAAUGGACGACUUUGCAUCAUUCCUUAAUAUUAUUCCCACUUUUUCUAUUGUUGAUGGCACUUGAUGUUGAACGAACGAAGUUGUGCAAUUUUUUGCUAGAGAAUAAAGCAGAAGAAGCGAAGCGAAUCCUCUUGCAGCAUAACGACCUUAUUUUCUCGAAGGAUGAUUCAGGUCGAGCAGCAAUACAUUGGGCUGCAACUGGUGGUUGUCUUGAAAUUGUACAGUUCUGUGUAUCUCUUGAUGAAAAUGCUGCUGCAGACCCUGAUGAUUCAGGAUGGACACCUUUAAUGAUCGCCUGCUCAGCUGGACGAAUAAAUGUUGUAAAAUAUUUGCUAAAUAUUACUGUUGACGUGAAUGUGCGAAAUAAGAAUGGGCAAACACCACUACACUAUGCAGCAAGUAAAAACUACCUCCAGAUUACGAGUCUUCUAAUUGAAAAUGGCGCAGACGUUAAUGCACAGGAUAAAUAUUUGGCGACUCCACUACAUAGAGCUGCUUCUCAAGGGCAUGAAAAAGUAUUUUUUGAUAAAAUUCGAUUAAAAUCGCCAAAGGUUUCCUAUAGCUUUUUAAUUUGCGAUAUCAUAUUUUACUCUUAA